AGAGUGCUUUUUGGAGCUGGGUGGGGGCGCGUUGCCUUCUUUGUUGCGGGGCGUUUGGAGGUGGUUAGUGUGCCAGCAGCACACGCUUCUCUGGGACACGGAGCACGAACGUCUGUCGUUUGCCCGGACAGAGCUGGGGUGGCCGGAGUCCGUACCUUACCUUGACAGGCCUCCGUCCCCGCUGGAGUUUUAUCGAGAAUGGGUGAGUCCGAAUAAACCGUGUAUAAUUCAGAAUGCCAUCAGCCACUGGCCAGCUCUGAAGAAAUGGACCUUGGCGUACCUCAGGAAGGUAGUGGGUCCCAAGGUAGUGAGUGUGGCAGUGACACCAAAUGGUUAUGCAGAUGCGGUGUUUCAGGACCGUUUUGUCAUGCCAGAGGAGCGCCAAAUGCCUUUUGUGGAUUUUCUGGACAUUGUAGAGAAGAAAGUGACCUCUCCCAACGUAUUCUAUGUGCAGAAGCAGUGUUCAAACCUCACCGAGGAGUUCCCUGAACUUGUCAGUGACGUGCAGCCUGACAUACCAUGGAUGAGUGAGGCGCUUGGGAAGAAGCCUGAUGCUGUGAAUUUCUGGCUUGGGGAAUCUUCUGCUGUGACAUCUUUACAUAAAGAUCACUAUGAGAACUUGUACUGUGUGAUAUCUGGAGAGAAACAGUUUCUGCUGCAUCCACCGAGUGACCGUCCCUUCAUCCCGUAUGAACUCUAUCAGCCAGCAACCUACCAGGUAUCAGAGGAUGGCUCAUUUGAAAUUGUGGAUGAGAAGAGUGCAGAUAAGGUGCCCUGGAUCCCCUUGGACCCCUUGAACCCGAAUCUGGAGCAGUAUCCAGAGUAUGCUCAGGCAAAACCGUUGCGGUGUACGGUGAAAGCUGGUGAGAUGUUAUACCUGCCUUCUCUCUGGUUCCAUCACGUUCAGCAAUCACAUGGCUGUGUAGCAGUGAAUUAUUGGUAUGACAUGGAAUACGACCUGAAAUACAGCUAUUAUCAACUACUGGAUGGUCUCACAAAAGCUGUCAAAGUGUCAUAGCAGAGGUGGGAGACUCAGCUUGUGAUCUCUCCCUCUGGUGUGAUACAGUCAUCAGUGGCUGUGACUGGAGUGCAAACAGGAUUCAAGUGAAAAGAACUGAACAUGAAAUUCCCCUC